UACGGAAGCACCUAAUCCAAGAGUUGCUGAAGAAAUCAUUAAAAGAUGCAUUAAAAUUUGUCCAGAAUUAACAUCUGGUAAAGGUGCAGAGUCGUUGGAAAUAAAAAGGCAUGCUGUUGGAUUAAGACCUGCUAGAAAAGGUAAUAUAAGGCUUGAAUUAAAAAUUAUACCAAAAGAUGAACUUCCUCCUAACACCGGAUUUGGAAUGAGUUAUACUACAGUUACAAUCGAUGUUGAUAAAUAUUUACCAUGGCUGCUCAAUCAAUUCGUUGACGCCGGUGGUAAAUAUGAAAAGAGACAUCUUGCUAAUAUUAACGAAGCAAUGGAAGAUGAU